AUGGACAACAGCUAUGACAGCAAAAAUGCAGGCAAUGAAAUAUGGCCACACAUCAGUAACUUCGUCGAGAUGAAAGGAUGGGAAGACGGCGUAGAGAUUCGCAAGUUUGAGGAGCCUAGUUGCUGGCGGAUGACCCAGAGCAAUGCAAACAGAAUUUUCGAAGUGAUAUUGCACAUGCAAGGUGUAAUCGAGGACAAAAAGCUUCCACCUAUUCGUGGUGAACUCACGAAGAAGAGGAUGCAACACCUACACCAAUCCAUCACGGUGAGUGGAUUGGGAAGUAAAGACUUUGCAGGAGAUGUAGACGCCAUGUAUGACAUGUACGCGCUCUUUUCGCGACACGUACCCGGCCUGAAGAUCAUGGCAACGAAGGGGACAGUAGAACAGCCGAUGCUUGAAAUGUCGAAUAGGAUAUUUACGCCGAAGAUAGAAGCUCCGAAUAUGAACCCAACCACAGUGAACCCGGAGAUGGAUGAGAAUGGCCUAAUUGCAAGGACGAACGCAACAGAUGCGAUGUUUAUAUAUGGGGAAGAGAAUGUUGUACUAUAUGGAGAAGAGAGGAUGGACAGUAGUGGGCGCAAAAAGACCGUCCGUAUUCCGCCUCAAAGACUGCAUGUGGGUGACAUCGUCGAUGUGGCAUUCAGUAUGGUCGCAUUCGGAAGAGGGAACGAGUUGAAAGCAAGGCUAUUGCUCCGCAAUAUCACGCUGUUGGAUGUGACACACACACAAAAAUGGCUCAAGGAAAAGGUCAAAAACCAAUCCAUGAACGUGAAAGUGCCACUAACGCUCAAGCGACAUUUGGAGUUCGAAGAUGACGAAGAAGAGGCCAAUAUACGAAUGAAACGAAUGGAUAUAGAAGGCGGGGACAACGGAAGAGAAGGAACGUGUGACUAA